UCCUCUCUUUCCUUAGUCGACGGCUUGCUAUCGUGGUGACGGACGUCGCUCAGUGACCCGGUGAAUUUAGAUCAGACACCGCAAUGUCUUCAGUCCAGAAGAAGACCACCACUAAAACCACUAAAACUGUGACCACCAAGAAAACGGAACAUGUGCAAUCGUCCUCGGUGGACCAGUCUGCCGAUGUGCAAGGCGCCAUCGCACAAAAAGCCAACACCCUCUCAAUUGUCAAGAAAGGUCAGUUUUUAAAUGACGCGUACUUUGAGGACACCCGCCAAGACUUCCAGGACGCCAUUCAAGAUGUGCUAACAAAGUGGGGCGACAAGUCAAAGCCGACCAAUGAUAUUAACAGUUACAGGGACCUCAGAACUCGGGACCUUCGUGAUGAAAAUCAGGCCAUAAAAUCAUCCGAGGACCAGCGUUACCAUAAGAUCGUAGUGGACGUUCAGGACUUCAUCAAUGGAGGGGACGUGAGCGUGAAGACCCUCGAUGAAGUGGAGAUAGUGGUGGAGGGACGCGUCCAAAAGAAAGUAGGCAAUACUACCUCCACUAAGAGCUUCAAGCGGACCUUCAUUCUCCCCGACAUUGUGCCCGAGUCCAUCACUUCUGUGGUGUCUUCCGACGGUGUGCUUAUCAUCAAGGCUCUCAAAAAGGAAUCAGAACAGGACGUGAGUGAGUCCGUCACUGUCCAGAAAAAAGUUGUGACGAAGCAACAGACUUCCACCUCCACUGUCGCGACAAGCGGCCAGCAGGAUGUCAAGCAGAUCGCUAUCAAUGUGCAGGAGACUCACCCCACUGUGACCAGUCCUCAGCCUGAACAGCAGCAACAGACGGUAACCGUGACCAAACAGGUUACGUCUACCACCAGCGACAAGGGCAGCAAGCCACUGCCGAUCACAAAGAAGGGCGGCUUCUUUGAAGACACCUUCUUCGAGGAUUGCCGCAAGCACUACCAGACGGCGGUGAAGCAAGUGUUGCAGAAGUUCAACGUGACUUCCGCUGGCACUGAUGACAUCACAACAUACCGCAACUUGCGCCAGAAGGACCUUAGGGAGGAGAACCAAGUCGCGACCGUUGAUGAUGAGGAACAAUUCCAAAAGAUCAUUGUGGACGUCAAAGAUUUUAUGAACGGCGGCGAAGUGACCGUGAAGACCGUGGAUGACAGGGAGGUGGUCAUCGAGGGUCGCGUCGAGAAGAAGGAGGGUAACAAGACUACCAUCAAAAGCUUCUGCAAACGCUUCGUCCUGCCAGAAGACAUCCUUGUAGAGUCCGUGACGUCUGUUGCAUCAUCUGAUGGAGUGCUCACCAUCACAGCGCCAAGGAAGCCUUCAGAAGGUAAAGACGUGAGCGAUUCCGUCACUGUCCAGAAAACAGUUGUGACGAAGCAACAGACUUCCACCUCCACUGUCGCGACAAGCGGCCAGCAGGAUGUCAAGCAGAUCGCUAUCAAUGUGCAGGAGACUCACCCCACUGUGACCAGUCCUCAGCCUGAACAGCAGCAACAGACGGUAACCGUGACCAAACAGGUUACGUCUACCACCAGCGACAAGGGCAGCAAGCCACUGCCGAUCACAAAGAAGGGCGGCUUCUUUGAAGACACCUUCUUCGAGGAUUGCCGCAAGCACUACCAGACUGCGGUGAAGCAAGUGUUGCAGAAGUUCAACGUGACUUCCACUGGCACUGAUGACAUCACAACAUACCGCAACUUGCGCCAGAAGGACCUUAGGGAGGAGAACCAAGUCGCGACCGUUGAUGAAAGCACCGAUGUUCACAAAAUCAUUGUGGAUGUGAAAGACUUUACGGACGGUGGCGAGGUGACUGUGAAGACCGUGGACGAGAGGGAGAUAGUUAUCGAGGGUCGCAUCGAGAAGAAGGAAGGCAACAAGACCACCAUCAAACGCUUCUGCAAACGCUUUAUCUUGCCUGAGGACAUCCUUGUGGAAUCCGUGACGUCUGUGGUAUCUUCUGAUGGAGUGCUCACCAUCACAGCAAGGAAGAAGGUUGUUGACAGUGGAGCUGAGACGACACAAGUCAUUCAGAAAAAGAUUACUUCAACAGUACAAACCCAACAAGUGACGGACAAAUCCUCAGAGGUGCAAGAGAAAAAAGACACUCAGCAGACUAAAGUCACAAAAAUCAAGAAGACCAAAGUCGUCACCAUUACCUCCACCACUGUUCCCUUCUUUAAUGACCCGACUUACAUUGAGGAUGUCAAGGACUUCCAAGAGGCCAUCACCACCAUCAUCAAGAAGAUGAACUUAACAAUCAAAGACACUGAUACUUUCACUGCUUACAGAAACCGUCGCAAGAUCAACCCUAGAAAUGAAAAUCAGGCCAUUUCCGAAAAAGAAACCGACACCGUGAAAAAGAUUAUCAUGGACGUAUGUGACUUCAUCGGCGGUGUGACAGUGAAGGUGGACGAACAGAUACUGACAGUGGAAGGGAAAGGCAAUAGACACACAGAGGGUGGUGGCGUCCAGACCUUCAGCUUCAACCGCCAGUUCAUUCUGCCUGAUGAUGUGAAUCCUGACGACAUCACAGCCGUCAUGACUCCUGAGGGAAUCCUUAUCAUCACCAUCAUCACGAAGCAAGCUGUCACCUCAUCGAUGGUCACAAAGAAAGAAACUCACGUCAAGAAGGAAAUAACAGAAGUGAAGGAAGAACCUAAGAAAGUCCCUACUGAGGACGUCACUCAGAAAACAACCACAACUACUACGAAGACCACCAGGACCGUCACCAUUACUACCAAAGGUCCAUUCUUCAACGACCCGACCUUCGUGGAGGACGUCAAGGACUUCCAGGAGGCCAUCACCACAAUUAUCAAGAAGCUGAAUUUGACUGUCACCGAGGAUAUUUUCACUGUCUACAGGAACUACCGCAAGAACAACCCAAAAAUUGAAAAUCAAGCCGUCUCGCAAAAAGACACAGACACCAUUAAGAAGAUCGUUAUCGACGUGUGUGACUUUGUUGGGAACGUGACAGUGAAGGUUGUGGAUCGCGAACUUGUCAUCGAGGGUGAAGGCAAGAGGCCCACGGAGACUGGCACCACCCAGACCUUCAAAUUCAACCGUCGCUUCUCUCUGCCGGAUGACGUAACUCCUGAUGACAUCACAGCUGUCAUGUCCUCUGAAGGAGUACUUGUGAUAACCAUUAUAAGGAAGAUUAAGGUCACUCAAGUAAAGGACACCACUGAAACAAAGAAAACCACCACUUCCACCACUAAGACAACCAGGACCGUCACCAUUACGACUACGAAAACUACAUUCUUCAAUGAACCGACCUUCGUUGAAGAUGUCAAGGACUUCCAGGAAGCCAUCAUGACUAUUAUCAAGAAGCUCAACUUGACUGUCACCGAGACGGAUGUUUUCACUGCCUACAGGAACAAAAGGAUGAUUAACCCAAGAAACGAAAACCAAGCUAUCUCAGAAAAAGAAACAGACACCAUCAAGAAGAUCAUUAUGGAUGUAUGUGACUUCAUCGGCUGCGUGACAGUGAAGGUGGACGAACAGAUACUGACAGUGGAAGGAAAAGGCAACAGGCACACAGAGGGUGGUGGUGUCCAGACCUUCAGCUUCAAUCGUCAAUUCAUUCUGCCUGAUGAUGUGAAUCCUGACGAUGUUACGGCAGUCAUGACUACUGAGGGAAUACUCAUCAUUACCAUCAUCAAGAGGAAAACGGUUACUUCAUCAGUGGUCACAAAAGAGCAAACCCAAAUCAAGAAGGAAAUAACAGAAGUAGAAGCUAAGAAGACGCCAACUCCAGAACAACCCAAGAAAGUUCCGGUAGAAGAACCCAAGAAAACUCCUGAAGAACCCAAGAAGGCUCCAGAAGCACCCAAGGCUCCUGAGGAACCCAAGAAGGCUCCAGAAGCACCCAAGGCUCCUGAGGAACCCAAGAAGGCUCCAGAAGCACCCAAGGCUCCUGAGGAACCCAAGAAGGCUCCAGAAGCACCCAAGGCUCCUGAGGAACCCAAGAAGGCUCCAGAAGCACCCAAGGCUCCUGAGGAACCCAAGAAGGCUCCAGAAGCACCUAAGGCUCCUGAGGAACCCAAGAAGGCUCCAGAAGCACCCAAAGCUCCUGAGGAACCCAAGAAGGCUCCUGAAGAACCCAAGAAGGCUCCUGAAGCACCCAAGGCUCCUGAAGCACCCAAGGCUCCUGAAGAACCCAAGAAGGCUCCUGAAGCACCCAAGGCUCCUGAAGCACCCAAGGCUCCUGAAGCACCCAAGGCUCCUGAAGAACCCAAGAAGGCCCCUGAAGCACCCAAGGCUCCUGAAGCACCCAAGGCUCCUGAAGAACCCAAGAAGGCUCCUGAAGCACCCAAGGCUCCUGAGGAACCCAAGGCCCAUGAAGCAUCCAAGGCUCCUGAAGAACCCAAGAAGGCCCCUGAAGCAUCCAAGGCUCCUGAAGAACCCAAGAAGGCUCCUGAAGCACCCACGGCUCCUGAGGAACCCAAGAAGGCCCCUGAAACACCCAAGGCUCCUGAAGAACCCAAGAAGGCUCCUGAAGCACCCAAGGCCCCUGAAGCACCCAAGGCUCCUGAGGAACCAAAGAAGGCCCCUGAAGCACCCAAGGCUCCUGAAGCACCCAAGGCUCCUGAGGAACCAAAGAAGGCCCCUGAAGCACCCAAGGCUCCUGAAGCACCCAAGGCUCCUGAGGAACCAAAGAAGGCCCCUGAAGCACCCAAGGCUCCUGAGGAACCAAAGAAGGCCCCUGAAGCACCCAAGGCUCCUGAAGCACUCAAGGCUCCUGAGGAACCAAAGAAGGCCCCUGAAGCACCCAAGGCUCCUGAGGAACCAAAGAAGGCCCCUGAAGCACCCAAGGCUUCUGAGGAAGCAAAGAAGGCUCCUGAAGCACCCAAGGCUCCUGAAGCACCCAAGGCCCCUGAAGCACCCAAGGCUCCUGAGGAAGCAAAGAAGGUCCCUGAAGCACCCAAGGCUCCUGAGGAACCCAAAGAGGACGUCUCUAAGAAAACGACAACCAAAACCACUACGAAGACCACCAGGACCGUCACCAUUACUACCAAAGGUUCAUUCUUCAAAGACUCGACCUUCGUGGAGGACGUCAAGGACUUCCAGGAGGCCAUCACCACCAUCGUGAAGAAGCUGAACUUGACCGUCACUGAGGAUGUUUUCACUGUCUACAGGAACUAUCGCAAGAACAACCCAAAAAAUGAAAAUCAAGCCGUCUCGCAAAAGGACACAGAUACCACUAAAAAGAUCGUGAUUGACGUGUGUGACUUCCUUGAGAACGUGACAGUGAAGAUCGUGGAACACGAACUGGUCAUCGAGGGUGAAGGCAAGAGACCCACUGAGACUGGUGCCAUCCAGACCUUUAAAUUCAACCGUCGCUUCUCUCUGCCUGAAGACGUAACUCCUGACGAUGUUACAGCUGUCAUAUCCUCUGAGGGCAUCCUCAUUAUAACUAUCAUCAGGAGGAUUAAGAUCACUCAAACAAAGAAGGAUACCACUGAUGUGCAACAAAAGGAAACUAAGAAAGUUGCCACCACAGAGGAGGACGUCACUAAGAAAACUACUACAACAACCACCAAGAUAACCAAGACCGUCACCAUUACUACUAAGGGUCCAUUCUUCAAUGAUCCAAGCUUCGUCGAGGAUGUCAAGGACUUCCAGGAGGCCAUUACCACCAUCAUCAAAACGCUGAAAUUGACUGCCACAGAAGGAUGCUUUCACCGUCUACAGGAACUACCGCAAGAACAACCCAAAGAACGAAAACCAAGCUGUCUCACAGAAAGAUACGGACACCACCAAGAAGAUCGUGAUUGACGUGUGUGACUUCCUUGGGAACGUGACAGUGAAGGUCGUGGAACACGAACUGGUCAUCGAGGGUGAAGGCAAGAGACCCACUGAGACUGGUGCCAUCCAGACCUUUAAAUUCAACCGUCGCUUCACUCUGCCUGAAGACGUAACUCCUGACGAUGUUACAGCUGUCAUAUCCUCUGAGGGCAUCCUCAUUAUAACUAUCAUCAGGAGGAUUAAGAAGGUCACUCAAACAAAGAAGGAUACCACUGAUGUGCAACAAAAGGAAACUAAGAAAGUUGCCACCACAGAGGAGGACGUCACUAAGAAAACUACUACAACAACCACCAA